UAAUCAAUAAAAGUUAACUCACAACACCAGCAGCACCGUGUGGUCCGCGGCGGCAGAAUUCAAAUAACAGAAACCGAUUUCCGCUUCUCCCUGAAGAUGGCCAGUUCUAGGAAGGUUUUCCACAAGAUCCAGGAGUUGAAUAAAUGUGCCGAAGGUGUGAAGCACCUGGUAAAUCGGAAUCCCCGCAACCUGGAGCGGCUGCGGGUGGCGUACAAAACCGACGGAUAUCAUCUGGAGAAACCGGGCCGCAGCUACUGGCAUAAAUUGGAACUGACAGCUAGCAACAAAUACGUGUCCGCCAAGCUGAACCACUUCCAGAACGGAACCGUCGUCGAAAGCAGCACUUCCGAGUGGGCUAUCAAGCAGCAUUUGUUCAAGGGAAACGACACGGCCGCCUACGUCAAUCUGGCCAAAAUUUUUGCCACCCGCUGCAUGGAGGCCGGACUGACGGAAAUGCGCUGCGACCUGCAGCCAAAACCCAACGGAAAGGUGGACAAGUUCCUGGAAACCCUAACCAGCUGCGGCAUCAAACUGGAAGAACCGGAACGACUCAAGCCAGCGCGACCCUGGGACAUGGAACGUCCGGAAAAGCCGUGGGAAGUGACGGAAUGAAAAAAAAAAAAAACAGCAUUUUGUGUUAGGUUUUCUCUAGAUUUAUUUUAGCCAUCUUCGGUAAUAAACAUAGGCAAGGUCAA